AUGGCCAGCUACUAUAGACGCAAAAAACCGGACAUGGUAUUCCUGAAUGCCAAGCCCAUUAACAGUGGGAAUGCGCAGGCCUAUCUGCACGGCGUACGGAAGUAUUCUAUUGGAUUGGCUGAACGUUUGGACAGUGGUUACCAAGCACCUGCCAAUGGUAAACGCAGUUCCGUGAGCACAGUGGGCUCCAAUAAUAAUGACUUUAUUCCGAGUAUUUUUUACCGCAACAUAUCGCCGGUUAAUUGGUUUCUGCGCAUUGUCGGUGUACUGCCCAUUGUACGCCGUGGUCCAUCUCGUUGCAAGUUUGAGCUUCAUUCAGCUGCUUUUCUCUAUUCUGUUGUAUUUUUCGUGCUGCUGUCGUUCUAUGUCGGAUAUGUGGCCAACAAUCGCAUUCAUAUCGUGCGUUCACUAAGCGGACCCUUCGAGGAGGCAGUCAUUGCGUAUCUCUUUCUGGUCAACAUUCUACCCAUUAUUAUUAUACCCAUACUGUGGUGGGAGGCCAGGAAGAUAGCACGUUUGUUUAACGAUUGGGAUGACUUUGAGGUGCUUUAUUAUCAGAUCUCGGGUCACAGCUUACCACUGAAUCUACGCCAAAAGGGGGUCUAUAUUGCAAUACUGUUGCCCAUAUUUUCGGUGCUGUCGGUGGUUAUCAUUCAUAUAACCAUGUCGGAUUUAAAUCUUAAUCAAGUGGUGCCCUACUGUAUACUGGACAAUUUGACGGCCAUGCUGGGCGCCUGGUGGUUUCUCAUUUGCGAAGGAAUCAGCGCAACAGCCCAUCUUUUAGCCGAACGCUUUCAGAAGGCAUUGAAGCACGUUGGACCCGCAGCCAUGGUGGCAGACUAUCGUGUAUUGUGGCUACGCCUGAGCAAGUUGACCCGGGACACGGGCAACGCACUAUGCUACACUUUUGUGUUCAUGAGUCUCUAUUUGUUCUUUAUCAUAACUCUUUCAAUUUAUGGACUAUUGUCGCAGCUGUCGGAGGGUUUUGGCAUCAAGGAUAUUGGACUGACCAUCACGGCACUGUGGAACAUUGGACUGCUAUUCUAUAUUUGCGAUCAGGCGCAUUAUGCCUCCGUUAAUGUUCGCACCAAUUUCCAAAAGAAACUUCUUAUGGUCGAACUAAAUUGGAUGAAUUCGGAUGCCCAGACAGAGAUUAAUAUGUUUUUGCGGGCCACCGAAAUGAACCCAUCGAAUAUCAAUUGUGGCGGAUUCUUUGAUGUUAACCGUACUCUCUUCAAGGGUCUCCUUACCACAAUGGUCACCUAUUUGGUAGUGCUGCUGCAGUUUCAGAUUAGCAUUCCAACCGACAAGGGCGACGGGGAUGGCAAUUCAAAUGGUACAGUCGCCGAUAUGCUGAUGGACAGUUUGUCUAAUGACAUGACCUUGUUAAGAUCCACAAGCACAACAACCGUUGCUCCAACAACUACAACAACAACGAUGACGGCAGUUAGCCGAUCUGGGCGGGGCCGCAAGGGCUAAAAUGGAUCAAGGUAACAUUAUAUUUAAUGAGGCUAUGAAUAUAAACCAAAUAUACAAAUAGACAGUGCACAGCAAUUAGACAACAACUAAAUAUACUUAGAAC